UAGCAUGGCCCAGCUACAAAGUGCGUGAUGACGAGAAAAACGAGUCUCUGUAGAAAAGACGGUGGUUCGGUGCAUGGAACAAUUUGAAAUUUAGUGAUCGUGUGUGGUGCUGCGUCUGCUCACAAUGGAGGCCGUCAAAGCGUUUAACGCGGAGUUAUCCGCUUUGUAUGAUGUAAAGCCUCCAAUAUCGAAGGCUAAGAUGAAUUCACUAACCCGAGGAGCUAUUAAGGCAAUAAAAUUCUAUAAACAUGUUGUACAAAGUGUGGAGAAGUUCAUACAAAAAUGUAAGCCUGAAUACAAAGUUCCUGGGCUGUAUGUAAUAGACUCUAUUGUAAGGCAGUCUCGGCACCAAUUUGGCAUGGAGAAAGAUGUAUUUGCACCUAGGUUUGCAAAAAAUAUGCAAAACACAUUCUUAAAUUUAUUGAAAUGCCCACAAGAAGAUAAAAGCAAAGUCAUACGUGUACUAAACCUUUGGCAAAAAAAUGCAGUAUUUCCACCAGAAGUUAUUCAACCACUUUUCGACUUAGCUGAUCCAAAUCACCCAAUACAUAAGGAACAGCCCAUAAAUAGCAAUGGUUCAGUGAAUACAUCCUCUGGUAAUAAUAUAAGUAACAUAAGUACAGUUUCAAAAACACCACCAUCAGCGAUAAAGAAUACUCCAAAGGAUCAGAAACUGUUUUCAUCGUCAAAACCAAUUGAUCCAGCUUGGCUAGCCCAGACAAAAUUAGAGACAGCUAAUAUGGGACAGUCUGGGACUAAUCAAGUAGAUGUUUCAUUUCUGGAUCAACUGCAACAUUUGCAGCAACUGCUUUUAAAGAAGCAAGAAGCAAAUGAAUCUCAAGCUUCUGUAAAAUUUGAUAAAAAACUGUUGGACUUUGAUUAUGGAGAAGAAGAGGACGAUGAUCUUGGAGCGGGUAGUUCGCCUACAGCAGCGGCAGCAGCAGCAGCAGCAGCAAAUGCUGCGCAGCACAGUGCAACCUCUACUAGUGGUAGUCUUGAAAGCCUAGGUCUUCUUCUUACCAAUCCGGAGGUUUUAAGGCAACUACAAACAUUACAACAAACCAUGCAAAGUGGGACAACGGUAACCCAACAUGAGAUGGAGGAGAAAAUGCGCAAACUUCAACAAAUGAAACAACAAGAAGAGGAGUUUGACAAACACCUGGCCCAAACUGUUCCUAGUUUACCAUUUGCCUCCGAAUGUGACUUAAAACCAUCCGAUGUUUUGAAGUCAUCUCAACAGGGCGUAUACGGAUCAAAUGCUGCAGCCUUAAUGCAGCAAGACAUGAGUCAACCACCCCCUGGGUAUCCGCCAGCAAUGCCGUACGUCUCACAACCACCUCCCACCCUUAGGCCGAUCAAUCAAUUAACUCAUUCAAACCAGAAGAGUCCACUUGUCGAUGAAAGGCAAGAAUCUGAGGAUUAUCAAGGGUCCGGUGCAGUUAGACGUGAUAGUAGCAGUGUUGAAAUAGUCAAUUGUGAAACUACCAGAUCGCAAAGUAGAUCACCGGAUCGCUAUCGACGUCACAGUCGAUCCAGAUCCCCUAGGCAUAGGGAGAGGGAUAGAGAUCGGGACAGGGAUAGGAAAUCCCGAUCGAGGAGUAGGUCCAGACGCAGAAGAUCACGCUCAAGGGACCGUGAGAGGAAACGCGAUGACAGCCGGGAAAGAUUGUCCGAGGAGGAGCGUGAGAAGCAAAGGGAACGUCGAAAACGUGGACUACCUCCGAUAGUUAGAGAUAAAUUAAGUGUAUGUAGCACAACUCUUUGGGUAGGACACUUGUCAAAGCUAGUACACCAAGAGGAGUUAUCGGAUACGUUUGGGGAGUUUGGUGAUAUUGUCAGCAUUGACUUAAUUUCUCCAAGAGGAUGUGCCUUUAUCUGUAUGAACAGAAGGCAAGAUGCAUUUCGAGCUCUUACAAAAUUGAAGAAUCAUAAAAUGCAGGGAAAAGCAAUUACGUUGGCUUGGGCGCCUGGAAAAGGUGUCAAAGGCAAGGAAUGGAAGGACUACUGGGAAGUUGAAUUGGGCGUCAGUUAUAUCCCAUGGAGUAAAUUGAACAACAUAUCGGAUCACGAACUGGAAUUGUUAGAGGAAGGAGGGAUGAUCGACGAAGAUACUUUGCCCCCCAGAUUGAAAGGUGCUCCAAUCCCGACUCUGACCGAUGGCGUGGUUAAUCUCAUGCAAGGAUCGAAUAACUUACAACAUCAACCUCAGCCGCAUCAACAGCAGCAACAUUCGCAACAACUCAUCGAUACGAGCCAACCACCACCGAUAAGGCCGCCUACGUCUGCGGCAUUAUUACCACCUCCUAAUGCGCAGCUUCAAAUGAUGCCGCCUGGGUUCACGAUGCCAGGUGUACCUCCAACCGAAUUAACUGCAACAGGUAUGCUCGGACCUAUGGGGCUACCGAUGCCGCAUAGUCUAAUGCCGAACGUUCCCAUCGGUGUUCCACCGCCAAACAUGCAAAGUCUUCUCGGACCGGGUAUGAUGCAGCCAAUGUUAACACCCUCGGUCAAUUCCCCAUUCGGCGCUGGCGUUGGAGUUGGUCUAUUGACUCAAAUACCGCUACCAGCUCCAGCUGCACCCUCCGAUAAACCCAAUGCCACUGGGAUGCCGCACAACGUUCCGCCGAUGGGCGUGCCCCCGCCGACCACGGAGACGAACUUGGCCAACUUGCCGAUGUUGAGGCAGCCCUUCGGCGUGGGCCCGCCGCCGCCGAUGCAAAUGCAAAUGUCCCAGCAUCACUCCGACGAUAUGGACGUGGAGAUGGAGGACGCGAUGCCGCAGAACGUGAGCACGGCACCGAAGGACAAGCCUAACCUGAGCGACCAGCUCCUGGCAGCGAUGGGCAAGGGCGCCAUCGACAGGGCGGAGAACGAGCCGUCCAGCCGGGAGCUAAGGGAGCGGGACCGCGACCGAGAUAACCGGGAUCGGAGAGAUCGGCUGGACCGCGAGAGGGGCGACCGCGGAGACAUCCUGGAUUCGAGGAACGAGCGUGGCCGGGACCGAGGUCGAGGUCGAGACCGAGGCCGAGAUCGACGGCGAGACGGCAGGGACAGAGAACGCGAUCGGGACGAUCGGCGGGAUCGCGACCGGGAAGGUACCCGCGACAGCGCCGUGCGUCACCAGGAAGGUCUGGGUCUGGCGAACCCAAGUGCCCUGCCCGAGGCCGAGGGGACUCCGAAGAAGGAGGGCAAAUUAAGUCUGGCGGACCGGUUGAGGCAACUCGCCGAUGGUACUCUGCCGAUCGACGACAGGAGCGUCCGCGGCAGCGAAAGAAGCGAUCGCGGCAGCGAGCGGACCGAGAGGAGUUUCGAGGAAGCCGGUCCUCCCGUGCGCAGACCUAACGAUGGACCUCCACCGCUGAUGGACCUGCCCAAGUUCCCCGGGGUCCCGCCCGAUAGGCCAGAUUUUGGACCCCGGGGCCCGGAAUUUAGGGGCGCUCUUCAGGACCAUCGGGAGUUCCCGCCAAGAGGAGGACCCGGGGAGAGGGAAAGGUCAGGCUUCGGACCCAGAGGGGCCCUUGGCCCGCCGAGAGGACCUCCAAUCGCCGAGUUCCCGGAUCACCGGAUGCAUGCUGGCCGGUUUCCGGAAGAUUUCGAAGGCAGAGGGCCCGCUGGGCCUCGACCCGAGGGCUUUGACCAUAGAUUGGGCCCUUCGAGGGAGGAAUUCGAGAGGGCGGAAGGCAGGGGUAGACACCCAGUGGAAGACUUCGACCGGGAGAGAUUCGACUUCGACAUGAGGGCUCGCGAGGGAUUCGAACCGAGGAUGCAGGAUGGAUUCGACCCGCGAGGACAUCCUGGGGCGGAUCACGAACCGAGGAGAAGGGACUUCUUCGGGGGACCCAUGGAACCUGGAUUCGGGCCCCCCAUGAUGGAUCCAAGGGGACCGAGGGGACCGAUGGGACCCGAAGGAUUCGGACCGAGGGGGCCUGGAAUGGGACCGCGAGGCCACGGUCCCAUGUUCCAUCCUCGAGGAAUGGGUCCUCGGGGCAUGCGACCCGGCAGGAGGCCCUUCGGGCCCCGAGGCCCGCUGCCGUUCCACGCCAGAGAAGGAGAGCCCGGCUUCCGCCCUCCGUUCGACGAAACGCGGGGACCACCAGGACCCCCGGGGCCUCACAUGAGGCCACCGUUCGGACCCGUUGGGGGCCCGCCGCUGAUGGGACCGGACGGUCCCUGGAGGAACCAAGAAAACGGUCCGCCGCAGGAGGAAGAGUCCUGGGACCCCGUGGACGAGGCCGACCCCGUCGUACAGCAGGACGACCAGAAUCAGAACCAUGUGUUCGAGGAGUCGAACGAAAACCGGGAGAGUGUCCAACAGACCUCGGAUCCGAAGAGCAGCGUGGCGGACCGAGAGAGUCGCAACCGCAACCGGAAGUCUCGGUGGGGCAACGCGAGUCCACCGCCAAUGGAUCAGGCCGAGGAGUCUGUGGUUGCCUCGGGAUCGGAGGACAACCCGAAGGAUCCGAUGGAUCUCGGUGAUGCCAGCAACUCGAACAACCACGGAGCCGAGGAGAAUCCGCGGAACUUCGAGGAGGGCUCGAACGAGGCCGGGACGGGUCGUUUCGAUGGCGCGGAACCACCCAGCAACGAGGAUUUCCUGCAAGAGGCGCCAUCUCGGCAGAUGGACGAGAUUCGACCUGGGCAUUUGGACCGCGAGGAGCACGAGGCCCGCGGCUCCGAGGCCCUCGACGGGGACGGCGGAGGAUUCUAUGAGCCCGAGGAGCACCGUCCCUACGUAGAGAAGGCCGAGGUGGAGGAUCGAUUCGAUGAAACGGGACAGGCCGGAUACAGUGAGCCCGGGGCGGGCGUUACGGUCGAGCCAGCCGUAGAGGCCAGGGUCGAAGAGACCCAGCUCAGCGGCGAAUGCCCUAGCGAGCCGCCCGCGGUGGAACAGUGAGACCAGCCACCGCUGCGAGGUCUGGGAAUGCGCUCGGCUAACUCGGCAGUGACCAAAGUAGAUCGCCCCGAGAGGGGAUCAUGUAAAUUACGGUCCCGACGUUGCAACGCGUACGAUGACGUUUGCGUGUACAUAGAGAUCCGGCGUGACCAAUCGGAACGCGAAGUCGGUCCGAACUCGGACUCGGAGUGUUGGACUCGGGGAGUGGUGGAGGUGCCGCGAGUCCUUUUCCGGCGGAGAGUCCCGUCGAGCGUUCUCGUUCUUCUUCGGUCGUAGGUCCCUUCCGACUUCGUAGCUAUCCGUUCGCCUCGCGAGGGUUCCCUCUCUCGAAAACAGAGCCCGCUGCACAAGCAUCGCUGUGAUAGUGAACACAGGACCUAGGCUCGCUCGCGAGCCAGGACCGGAUCGCUCCGUUCUCGUUCUUACAGGUGACUCGGACUCCGAGUCGUUUUGGCGUUGGCCUCGAAGGGGCAAGCCUCUCGAGUCUUCGUAGAAUCGACGGUCUCUCUCUCUUUCGCUAGAAAAGAUGGAAGGGGGAUAAGACGAGACGCGUCUCUUCUAGCUUUAUCAAAGGACGGAGGUCGCGGAGAGUUGGUUUGCAAUCAAACGCGCCCAGGUACUCUACGGCGACGGUAUCGUACCUGGCCCCGGUCCUUACGGUUAUUAAUUUAUUAAAUUGUACAUACUUUUAUAUUUUUCCUAGCCGAUGACGAUGCGAGAAUGCUACCCAUUGUGCAGAAUCGUUGCCCGAUAACCCUGAGGAUGGAAAUAAAUAUUUUCUAUACACACGUUGUCUUUGGAGAAAGGUCGGGCGGAGGAUGUCACAUUUCAGCUUUGUGGGAGCGCUGAUCCGCGCACGUAUACAGGGUGUUUCGUCCAGCCCGGCCUCCUCGAGUAUUUCCGUUAUCGUUGACGAUACCGCGAACGCUCGAGAAACCGAUCGAAUCCGUCGUUCGAACGAGUGCACGAUUCCGCAGAAGUAAUAGAAGGAAGGGAAACGCGGUCUCGCCGUGGUCAAUUUUUCAGCCAGCCCCGGUCGUAAUUCAGAUCGCUAAGUAACGAACCGGGUUCCGUCGUCGCUGGACAGGGUCUCGUUUUAAUCCCAUGAUAGAAGCGAAGGUUCGGACGUUCCUCCGUAUCGUGAAUCGUAACGGAUAUAUCUCGGGGCGAAAAGAUCUGCGGAAACGCCCUGUAUCUGGCUCGUUUAGUGAGUCGAGCUCCCGCGAGAUGGGGCGCCGGUGGCGCGGCGAUCUCCCGCGGCAUCUAACGAAUCGUCAUUUUUCGAAUCCAUACGAAUCAGGUUGUAUACACCGUAAGGUGGGUGUACCCUCCAGCUCGGCCGGCGACCACCUCUCGGACGGUGGGCGAUAGUUAAGUCUUGGAUCGAAAGAGAGGGCGAGGUGGAUUGCAUCCGGGGCAUCUCGGUUCCUGUGUUCACGCACGCACGUUGACGCGCGGCGCAGCGAUGGAGGACUCGCGCUUGCGCUCAAACUGAGUGACAAGUGCAAGGUACUGUCUCACAAUGUUCACAUUACCAUUAACCCGGUUAGCGGAAGGAAACGAGAGACGUAGAUUCCGAGACGCCGAGGCAGAAAGAGAGAGGAAACGAAGGAUUGAGGAUGGCCUAAUGGACCGAACGAGGGUCGGACGAACCUACACGGAGAUUCGGAAGGAAUUCGGCCCCGAUCGUCGCCUGGCCCGCACCACUCCGAAACGAGCGAGCUCUUCGGCGAUAGCCCCGAGAAGAAGUUAUACAUAUAAUGUCCGUACCACGUGCAACGUAACGGCGAUCGGCCGCCAAUUGUAAACCCGAACUCUCGGAUUUUCACCCCGACCGAGCGCCGGGUAGAGACUCUUCCCCUGCGGAUCUUCCGGAUCCUCUGCGUGAUCCGCGAGGUCCUUGACGUCCAUUGAAACGUCUCAGGGCCAGGGGGACUUGCGUUAAGUGCCGCGAGGACUUUGGAGUACCGAGCCUAUUUUCGGGAGGAAAAAAAAGAUAUGUCAAUUCCUUUGACAUUUUUUUCCCGUAACCCCGAACGGUAUUUUACGCCUUUUCGCUCGCAGGGGACGGAAUUACUUUCCGACUCGAUGGGAGGAAUAAAAAAUUCCGGGGAUGGUUCCUCGCUCUGUGCUCCAAGGACCGACUCUCCUUGCUACGUCCAAGGAUUUCCCGGUGACGUUAGAUCGGAUUCGAGUCUUCGGAGAGGGUGGAGGACGGUGCACUGGGUGGCUCUUUGCCGGCCUCGGAGACUCGGCUGUCGCUUUUUUGUACCCCCCACGAGUUGUAUACUUAUGUUGCUCAUCCGAGAAAUGAGCUCGGGCGACGUUCGCAUUACCCCAUUUUUCAGUAUUAUCGAGAAAAGACACCCUCGCGGCGUUGCGUCUCCACCUUGGGAGCAAGUAACGGACUCGAACGAUAAGUUCUAGGGCGAUCAAACACCGGUUUACCACGAGUACCGAGCGCACUUGAUUUCAACCCGGCGCGAGCAUUACCGCACGAAACUGCGAAUUUGCGAAUUUGCGAAUUUCUCGGGGCAACCCCUCGAAACUUGGAAACCCCUCUCGCAGUUCUCGAAGAAGCUCCCUGGCUCGUUUCGUCUCAAGUCGUCCAAAGAAAGCAAACGACCAUGUAAUCAAACUCCGAAUCGCGAUACCUGCACGCUGUAAACGAUUCCCUAUGUACAUGCCCUGCCAUCGUAUAGCUUUGCAAAGGUCUUACAAUUAACUGUCCCAAUUGUGGCGUAUACGGAGGAGUACUGUACGGUAACGCGAUAUAAUAAUCGCAGGCGUGCGAACGAAAUUUUUGGCAGCCUGGUUAAUUCCUCAAGUAUUUACGGUUUCUCUGGUGGACAUUGUACAUGUGUAUAAGUGCAUAUUAGGCGUAUCAGGGUGUGUUAACGAGGACUUGCGAGGGCAGCAAGGAGUGGUGCGAGGCACUGCUUUCCACGCAUUGAACUCUCGUGCUUUCGGGCAUUAUGUCUCUUUAACUAGUUCGUUGGUCCGUCGUACUUCCUCGUUUGAUUCUUACUUAUGGGUGGCUCCCUUUAAAUGGUAUCUACGUAACAGUGCAUGACUAAUUGUCCGUUAAAACGGCUCAAAAAACUCGUACCCCCUUGGUACAAGAGUACAAGACGAUCGAUGCGACGAUCAAUGUGAACACGGGGGCCACGAGAAAGGUCCUGAUACCCAUGAAAUUCCCAACUUUUUAAAAAUUCCUUUAUAGAUAUUUUUAAAAUUUCUUAUAACAAAUUUCAUGAGAGGACCUUCCUUGUGGCCUCCGUGUUCAUGUUGUAAUGUUUGAUAGGAUUCGGUGCACCCAGUUUGGAGGAAAACUUUCACGAACGACCGAUCUCUCUCGGAUGCGACUUUCGCAUCCCCUUAAACAGGAGAGCGGGAAAAAGAUGUGUCGGUGGAACGCAGGCGUUGCGUUUGUUUCUGUAUCUCUCUUUUCUUUUUUUUUCCCUUUUAGCGAGAGUAGAAUCGUUUCGCGGUAAACGGUCCCGAGGGAGUGGCGAGUAGGUUUAUAAUGAAGGUAAUCGUUGCUCGAUUUUUCGGUAGGUUUCCCUAUGAAUGUUCCCUUUAGUUCUUACGCGGCUCGCUCGAGGGACGUACUCUUAUCGCGUGUUCGAUAGUUCAUCGUUCAUCGAGGAGCG